AUGGAUAUUCAACCGUGCGGCUCUAAGGAAUCUAUCGCCUAUUACAUUGCAAAGUACAUAGCCAAAUCUGAGCAUCCAGAAGUACAUCGCAGCAUAGCUAAAGCAAUUCAACAAAUUCAGCGUGAUGAAAGCAACAUAUCUUUGAAAUUGUUUAAAGUUUGCAUGAAAAUACUAAAUGAGCGUCAAGUUUCAGCCUGUGAAUGUGUUUUUCGUUUGUGUCACCUAAACUUACGGGAAAGUUCAAGAAUGUGUGUUUUUUUAACACCCAUAAACCUGAACAACGAUAUAAAGUUAUAA